AUGAACCCGCACAUUUCAGUCUCCUCCUACCCGCCGCCUACUUGUACGCCCGACGACCGCCGACUGUCCUAUCCCGACAACAUGUCGACUUCCUCCUCCAACUCGUCCGUCAGCGACAAGGACAUGGCUACCGACCCCACCCUCCAACCGCGGCCCCGUCUCGGCAGCAGGAAGUCGAGUGGCACCAUUAUAAUACCCCGCGACAGCCCCAAUGUCGAGAUGAAGGAGGAGGAGGAGGAGUACGACGACGGCGAUGCCAGGACCAUGAGCCCUCGCCGGAGUAGUGAGGAAAUCGAGAAGAUGGGCCAGGACGCUCGCCAGGCUUUGAUAGAACAAGCCAAAGCGCUCCAAGCUAGCCUUAUGGAAAUCGUUGACCGCGUCGAAGUCGUCAAGAACGAACACGAGAAGCUCGAGGGCGGCAAUAGGUUUCUGCAGUCAUAUAUCGGCGAGCUCAUGCAAACAAGCAAGCUCACGUCGGCCGGCGCUGGCAAGUCGACAAAGGUCAAGGGCAAAGGCAAAAGCAUCAAAUAA